AUGUCUCAACCAGACAGCCCCGCGGUGCCUGACAACCAGCCAAACCCGGUGCUUGUCGGACCAGGCUUGACAGCUCUCAAGGAUGAGGCUUACGCUGAGGCUACGAACGCAACCCCGAGCUUGGAUGCCGAUCGAAAGAACCAACUUGAGACCGAUGCGCCCUCCUACCUCGCAGACCUCCCGGCCGAACCUGCGUCCCAAGACCCUUCCCACUUGUCCUCUAUCCCAGAGGAGGCCUCACAGGGUAACCCUUCUGGCCAAGAUCUACUUCGGCGUUUAAGCCUUGUAGAACUACCGGAGAUUGAUCCGAGAACUCAGCACCCAGAUUUGAAGUUGAGCGGUCGUCUGAUAAGCGCGGCUUUCUGUCUCCCCUACAAGCUUUAUUUCCGAGAAGGCGAAGACUGGACUCUCAAGCCGCGGUCUGGCACAUCGGCCCUAUUCGAUUCUUUCGCCCAUCUGGCUUCCGAUGAAACAAAAUGGUCUCACACCUUGGUAGGAUGGACCGGCGAAGUUGAACCCAUCCUUGACAACAGCAAGAGUCCUCUGCAGCAGAUCCCCGUUAACCCCGCAGGGAAAGCGCAACCCCCGGGCAGUGGUUCCAGCGGAUUAGGGAUCAACAAGGCGGCUGCCCUGUACCGGGUCGGAAAGGAAGACCGUGCUCGGUUGGACAGUCAGCUGGAAACUGGACGAUACGGUCGUAUCUUGCCUGUCUGGUUAUCGGAUGUUUCGGAGGAGCCAGAAGACCACAUCGUCCUGAAAGAUCAAGGCCGAUGGCGGAGAUAUGCAGAGCGGGAGCUCUACCCCCUCCUGCAUUACAAACAGCAUGGGCCAACAGAUGGACGGUCAGAACGAGAAUGGUGGGGUGAUUACAUUCGACUGAACCAGCUGUUCGCCGAUCGUAUUGCCAGUGAUUAUCAGGAGGGAGACGUGGUAUGGGUCCAUGACUACCACUUGUUCUUGCUACCCAGUCUCCUUCGGCAGCGCAUUCCUAAUAUCUAUGUUGGGUUCUUCCUCCACUCGCCUUUCCCUAGUAGCGAGUUCGUUCGCUGUCUGGCCAAACGCAAAGAAGUGCUGACAGGAGUGCUUGGUGCCAACAUGAUAGGUUUCCAGACCUUCUCCUACUCACGCCAUUUUUCGUCAUGCUGCACUCGGGUGUUGGGAUUCGACUCCAACUCAGCAGGAGUAGAUGCCUACGGCGCUCAUGUCGCGGUGGAUGUCUUCCCUAUCGGUAUCGAUGCCCGCUCGAUCCAAAAGGCUGCUUUCGGUGCCCCGGACAUCGAAAUGACCGUAGAGGGCAUUCGCAAGCUCUAUGCGGGUCGGAAGAUCAUUGUUGGCAGAGACCGACUCGACAGUGUACGGGGCGUGGCUCAGAAACUGCAAGCUUUUGAGAUCUUCCUCGAAAGGUAUCCCGAGUGGCGCGACAAGGUUGUUCUGAUCCAGGUGACAAGUCCGACGAGUGUGGAGGAAGAGAAGGAAGACCCAGACAACAAGAUUGCAGGCCAGAUCACGAAUCUAGUCUCUACCAUCAAUGGCCGUUUUGGGUCUCUCAGCUUUGCUCCCGUUCAAUAUUACCCACAAUACCUUUCGCAGCGAGAGUACUUUGCCUUGCUUCGUGUGGCUGAUGUCGGGCUCAUCACCACCGUGCGAGACGGGAUGAACACAACUAGUCUGGAGUACAUUAUCUGCCAGCAGAACAACCACAGCCCUCUCAUUCUCUCGGAGUUUUCGGGUACGGCGGGCACCCUUCCCAGUGCUAUUCAUAUCAACCCGUGGGACCUGGUCGGCGUUGCUGGAGCUAUCGAUGAAGCACUGCGGAUGUCAGUAGAGACGCGGAAAGAGCAGCAUAUCCAGCUGUACAAGCAUGUUGUCAGUAACACUGUCGGGGCUUGGACGCGGCAAUUCCUCCAUCGCCUGCUCACCAACCUUUCAUCCUUCGACCAGUCGGCUGCCACACCCGCUCUGGAUCGGGCUCAAUUGGUCAAGCAAUACCGAAAGGCUCGGAGGCGUCUGUUCAUGUUUGAUUAUGAUGGGACUCUGACUCCCAUCGUAAAAGACCCCCAAGCCGCCAUUCCCUCCGAUCGGGUGCUACGCACCUUGAAGACUCUCGCCGCUGACCCCCGUAACGCGGUCUGGAUCAUCAGUGGUCGAGACCAAGCUUUCCUGGAGGAAUGGAUGGGCCAUAUCCCCGAGUUAGGGCUAAGUGCUGAGCAUGGAUGUUUCAUCCGCAAGCCACGGUCCGAUGACUGGGAGAAUCUGGCGGAGCGAUCCGACAUGGGUUGGCAAAAGGAGGUGAUGGAAGUUUUCCAGCAUUACACGGAACGCACCCAAGCUUCCUUCAUCGAGCGCAAACGGGUCGCGUUGACCUGGCAUUAUCGACGGGCAGACCCUGAAUACGGUGCUUUCCAGGCGGCCGAAUGCCGAAAGGUCCUGGAGGAUACUGUAGCCAAACGCUGGGACGUCGAGGUUAUGGCCGGGAAAGCCAAUCUCGAGGUGCGACCCACCUUUGUCAACAAGGGCUUCAUUGCGACCCGACUAGUGAAUGAGUAUGGAACCGAGCCUGGGAAAGCCCCAGAGUUCAUCUUGUGUCUAGGAGAUGACUUCACGGAUGAAGAUAUGUUCCGCGCCCUGCAAAAAUUCGAUCUUCCACAAGAUCAUGUGUACUCGGUCACUGUGGGUGCCAGCUCGAAACAAACGGACGCUAGUUGGCACUUGCUUGAGCCUGCCGAUGUGAUCAACACGAUUCAAGCACUUAACAGUUGA